AUGGAUACGAGGAGCUUUGACGACGGCGAGUCCGUAAACCUCGAAUAUCUCCGUCAAAGCCCCGCCCCAUCCGCCGAUGGUUUCCCGCCCUCGCCAAUGUCCUCCACCAACAUCGCACGCCCCCGCGCGCCCACGCCUUCAGCAUCGGUGCCGGCCUCCGAUGAUGAGACCUGGUCUAGCAACGCGCCUCCGCACGGUGGUGCCGGCCCCGUGAACCUCAAUUCGCCCACGUACCAGCUUCAAAACACGUCCCAGGCGCGCCACAACCCCCGCCACGCGCCAGAGACGGACAGCAACGCGUACGAGCAGGUGUCCGCCCGGCCAUUCGCACGCCCCGCCAAGGCGCUCCCGGAUCCGUCGCAGUUCCCCGACCCCUACCCGAACCAGGGGCAGCCAUCGCGCCUCAGCUCGCACCCACCCACCCUCUACUCCUCGUCCUCCGCUUCACCCCGCUCAUCCGCGUACACCACAUACAGUAGUCGGCCCCCGUCCAACGACUACGGUCAUGUUCGCAUCUCAUCGGAGGAAGAGGAUACGUCGGGUAUCAUCUCAAGUGCCGUGGCGCAAGCGCUUGAGAGCAACGGUAUUGUGUCCUCGACGCCUGGAUCGCGUUCCUCUCGGGCGCCAAUUGACAAAUCGCGGUGGUCCGAACAUGGAUUCAGCGUUCGCUCCCGCUCCUCUUCAAUCAGCAAUACCUAUGGAGGAGGACCGAGUCACGAUGCCUAUUCAUCCCCACCUCGGUUGGCCCACAAGCCGAGCUACGACGCCAGCUGGGCGACAGUUGACGAGCGCGAUGAAGUCGGCAUCAGCGACGAAGAUGACGACUUUUUGGGAGACUUUGAGGAAGAGGAUGAGACGGAGCUGGAGGACGAUCAGGGCGACGCGGUGCUCGCUGCCGAGGAGGGGCGCGGUCUGAUUGUUCGCGGCGAUCGACGUCCGGUAUCCCAACUUCAUGUCCAGCCCGGUGCGUUAUACGCCUUCCUUCCUGGUCCCCGAACUUACCGGGUGAUAUCUCAGGCACAACCCACCUUCUCGUCAGCUCCUCCACAACGCCAAACUCCAUGCCAUCCUUCCUGA